ACACUAACACCAUCUCAGCUUCAGUCUUGCUUGCAAAACAAGAAGAAGUGAAAAUCUGCCGCGUCAAAAGCGAAACGUGCGUACGGAAUUGGCGUACACUUUGCAAUUGUUAAUCUUAAUGCUUGUGCGUCUUCCGUGCAGCGAUUAGCGAAUUCCCUUAGUCGAAGUGUGUAGAGCGUGUGACAUCAAAAUAGCGACCAGAACGAUUGUUGGGAAUAUCUUGAUUGCGAUAGAAACUACGCUGCCGUAACAAUGCCUCCAGUAGAAAAGCAGACCGACCAGGAGUCGACGAUUGACGAUCCGACUGUGGUCGAAAAGUACAAAAUUGCGGGUGAUAUUGUGAAUAAAACCCUUCAAACAAUAAUCCGAGCAUGUGUUGUUGGAGCAUCAGUAAAGGAGAUUUGCCUGAAGGGUGAUACUAUGAUGAUGCAGGAUGCGGAAAAGAAAUACAAACAUGAAGAAGACAUGAAGAAGGGCGUCGCCUUUCCGACGUGCCUCUCGGUAAACAACUGCAUUUGCCAUUUCUCACCAGCUCGCAACGAUCCGGACUAUUUGCUGAAGGAGAACGACGUGGUCAAGAUAGAUAUGGGGGCACACAUUGACGGCUUCAUCGCGGUGAUGGCUCACACGAUCGUUGUCGGUGCAACACCGGAGAAUAAGUGCAAGGGGCGGGCGGCCGAUGUUGUCCUAGCGGCGUAUCAUGCAAGCCAGGCCGCACUUCGACUGCUAAAGGAUGGCACCGGCAACUACGCUGUUACGGAUGCAGUACAAAAGAUUGCGUCCGACUUCAAGUGCAAACCGAUCGAGGGUAUGCUAAGCCAUCAGCUAAAACAGUUCAAAAUCGAUGGCGAGAAAACGAUUAUUCAGAACCCAACGAUUGCGCAAAAGAAGGAACACGAGAAGUGUGAGUUUGAAAAGUACGAAGUGUACGCGAUGGAUGUGCUAAUCAGCACGGGCGAAGGACUCGGCAAGGAGCUGGAUACUCGAGUGGCAAUCUACAAGAAGACGGACGAAAACUAUCAACUUAAGUUGAAAGCAUCUCGUGCGUUCUUCGGAGAGGUCAAAAGGAAGUACGGUUCGAUGCCUUUCAAUUUGCGAAACUUUGAAGAAGAAGCAAAGGCCAAGUUGGGCGUCAACGAGUGUGUGGCGCACAAGAUGGUUGAACCCUUCCAAGUAUUAUACGAAAAGCAUAAUGAAUACGUUGCUCAGUUCAAAUACACGGUGCUCAUCCUGUCCAACGGAUUGAAAGUCGUAACAGGUCACCCGUUCGAUGAGAGUUGUUACGAAAGCGAACACAGCGUGCAGGAUGAGGAAAUGAAGAAGCUGCUGGCUACGAACCUGCUACAGGGUAGCAUUGGCAAGGAUAAGAAGAAGCGACGCAGGAAGAACAAGAACAAGGGAGCGGCCGCUGCCGGUGCUGAUGGGGCUGAUGCCGCCGAUGGAGACAGCGGUGAUGAAGAGGCAGACAAAAAGGAGGAGAAACCAUAACAGUAAAAUGUCGCUAUUACAGCUAGCGCCUUCACAGAGACGGCCUCAAACUCGAGCACACCGAUACCGUUGCCCCUCCAGUCCGUACUGAUUAAAGUUUGAUUCGGGUGCGUUAAUCCGUACCAAGCAAUAGUUCGCACUUGUGCACACUGCCCUUUACGAGAAAAGUGCAUAGCGUCCCAAAAAGGAGUUCGUUCCUUGAUGUGAAUUAUACAGUGGUUCUAAAAAUAGAACUCUGGUAAGAUAAAAUCGUACAGCGCCAUCUAGUGGUUGGUCCAUCUAGCUUACGUUUGAAGGAUAGUAGUAGCAUGCGAACAGAAAACGUUUUUGUCGCUUUUAGAAGGGGAUAAAAACGCGAAUUAACUUAAACCGAGUGUGUUUCUGCUUUCUCUUAUAAAAUGUAAUGUUUUUUUUGUUUUCUUUUCCAACGCACCAUUCGCUCUGUGCUACGUUACGAUCAUAAUUUGUUGUAAUAUCCCAUGCAUGACAAGACUAUACUUUUGCCGUCGGUAGCAGAAAUUGUUCCAACAACCGUAUGCUUGUGUUUUAACGUACUUUUUGUUGAAAACCCUCCGGUUAGGGGAAAACAUCCCUAAUUUGGACAACUAAAUUUUGUUAUUCCUUUUUAAAAAAAUAAAUCGGAUCCGUUGUCAUACGAUA